AUGGAUCAGGCAAAUAAGUUACAAUACCAAUAACAAGUAGAGAAGUACCUAGAAAGAAACAAGGUGUAUAGCAUUUUUGAGGAUUUGCUAAAAUCUCUGAUUAUUAAGAAGCCCGAUGAUCCAAUACAAUUUCUGAUCAAUAAAUUAUAAGAACCCGAAACAAAAAAAAUAUUCGUAAUAGGACCUCCUGGAUCCAAAUUACUAGAGCUUUCCCUUACACUUGCUGAAUAUAUGAAUUUCCAUUGUGUUUCUAUAGGGGAUUUGAUCGAAAAAGAAUUAAGCAAGAAAUCAGAAUUGAGUCAAUAAAUUUAAGAUUCUUUGGAUAAAUUUUAAUAUGUCAGUGAUGACAUUGUGAUUAAUAUUGCAUUAAAUCAAAUUUAGCAUUUUGAAAAUGAGAAAAAAAGUUACAUCUUUGAAGGAUUCCCUAAAACUAGAGUCUAAGGCUUAGCAUUCUAAAAGGAGGGGAUCAUUCCUGAUGCGUUUCUCAUACUGGAAAUGUCUGAGGAGAAAAUCUAUUAAUGUUGUCUCAAAAAAUUGGACACAGAACCAUUCAGUAAACUAAGCAACAAAGAGGAAUUGGCAAGAAAUCAUUCAUUAGAAUAUCAAUUGAAUCUUAAGCAAGUUAAGGAAAUUUACAAGAAUCAAUACUUCUCAGUUGAUGGAGAAAAAAACUAUGAAUUAGAAGAUAUGGCUUAACGACUCAAAUACAAACUAUACAACAAUGCACCGACCAGAGCUGGAAGAAUUCUAGUCAUAGGACCACCAGGAUCAGGUAGAUCUACAUUAGCUAAACACUUAUGUUCUAGAUAUGGAUUUGUUUACAUUUCAACCAGGGAAUUGAUUUCGAAUUUGGUCAAUAAAAAAGGUACUACUGGUAAGGAAGCCUUUGAAAAGGUGAAUAAGGGGGAACUUGUGGAUGACCGAAUUAUUAAUGCUCUGAUCAAGGAAAGAAUCAAUCAGACGGAUUGUCAAUUAUAGGGUUAUGUUCUUGAUGGAUAUCCGAAGACAGAACAAUAAAUGGAGUCAUUAAAUGAACUCAACAUUCAACCGACUUUGAUUGUCAUUAUUGAUGCUGUGGAUGACGUUGUUCUGAAGAGAUUAACUUAGCGUAGGACUGAUCCGAUUUCUGGUAGAAUCUAUAAAUCUAGUGAUGAAGCAGACAAAGAAGUCAAACCAAGAUUGGUAAUUGCUCCGAAUGACAAAAGAGAAAUUGUGCAACUCAGAUUGAAAAGAUGGGAUGAUUUAAAUAAACUAAUUGAUGGGACACCAAAGUAUGCUUCAGUAAUUUUCAAGGUUUCAGGAGAUGCUCAAUUAAACAACAUGAUUGAAUCAGUAUGUUAUCAUUUAGAAAAAAUGAAUUGA